UGGUCCGCCGGGCACCUCGUGACGUCACUUCUGGCGCCUGAAGGUCCCUUCGCUUGGUUCUGGGCUGUUCGUGGUGGUGCCGGUUCCGACUAGUCUUACCACCCGGGAUCCCGAGUCUGGGUGCACCAUGCCCGCGGUGCUGGGGUUCGAAGGCAGCGCCAACAAGAUCGGCGUGGGCGUGGUGCGCGACGGCACGGUGCUGGCGAACCCGCGGCGCACCUACGUCACGGCCCCGGGCACCGGAUUCCUUCCAGGUGAUACGGCCAGGCACCAUCGAGCUGUUAUCCUAGACCUACUGCAAGAGGCACUAACAGAAGCUGGACUAACCUCCCAGGACAUUGAUUGCAUUGCUUACACCAAAGGUCCUGGUAUGGGAGCCCCAUUGGCUUCUGUAGCUGUCGUUGCCCGUACUGUGGCCCAGUUGUGGAAUAAGCCUUUGCUAGGUGUGAACCACUGCAUAGGCCAUAUUGAAAUGGGCCGUCUCAUCACUGGAGCCAUUAGCCCAACUGUUUUGUAUGUCAGCGGAGGAAAUACUCAGGUGAUUUCCUACUCAGAACAUCGUUACCGCAUCUUUGGGGAAACUAUUGACAUUGCUGUGGGGAAUUGUCUGGACCGUUUUGCUCGAGUGCUGAAGAUUUCCAAUGACCCGAGUCCGGGCUACAACAUUGAGCAGAUGGCAAAGCGAGGCAAGAAGCUAGUUGACCUGCCAUACACUGUGAAGGGGAUGGAUGUCUCAUUCUCAGGGAUUCUGUCCUUCAUCGAGGAUGCAGCACAGAGAAUGCUGGCCACAGGGGAAUGUACUCCCGAGGACCUGUGUUUCUCCUUACAGGAGACUGUGUUUGCAAUGCUAGUGGAGAUCACAGAGCGAGCCAUGGCACACUGCGGCUCCAAGGAGGCCCUCAUCGUAGGAGGAGUUGGAUGUAACACGAGGCUGCAGGAGAUGAUGGCGGCAAUGUGCCAGGAACGGGGGGCCCAGCUCUUCGCAACGGAUGAGAGAUUCUGCAUUGACAAUGGAGCCAUGAUAGCCCAAGCAGGUUGGGAGAUGUUUCAGGCUGGACACAGGACCCCUCUCAGAGAGUCUGGAAUUACGCAGAGGUACAGGACAGAUGAAGUAGAGGUGACGUGGAGGGACUGACAACAUCAACAGGAACACAACAGCUUUCCAAGUGCUGACGUGGAAGAAGACAAAAUGAAGAUGCUACUAAAGAGAAGCCAAGGAGGGGCUGGAGAGAUGGCUCAGUGGUUAAGAGCACUGGCAGAGGACUUGUUCGAUUUCCGGCACCAGGUGGCAGCUCACAAUUGUCUGUAACUUCAGUUGCAGGAGAUCUGAUGCUUCCUGGCCUCAGGCACCAGGCACACAUGUGCACAGACAUGAGGCAAAACACCCAGGACACAUGAAAUAAAUAAAUCCAAAAAAGAGAAGCCAAGGAUGCUAGGAAAUACCCUACAGUGUAUAGCAAAGCCCUAUAAAUGAGGCUGUAUGCAAAAAUGUCAUUGGUGUCAAGGUUGAAAAACUGCUCCAAACAGCCCAUAUUCCUGCUCCUGGAUGAGAAGUAGGUCUUGCCGUCUGGCAGAAAAAUGUGGUUUGGUUUUAGUUUUGGUUUUUUAAAAACUCUAUUGCUGUAGGAUAUCUUUCUGUAUGCUGUGAUUAUGUGUUGCUCUGAUUGGUUGAUAAAUAAAGCUGCAUUGGCCUCA